AUGGAUAUAGACUUAGCCUUGAGAAUGCCCAAACCCGAUGAACUCAAUGAGCAAAGUACUCAAGAGGAUGAGGUUUAUUGGGGUAAGUGGGAACGUUCAAAUAGGCUAAGUCUUAUGAUCAUGAAGCGCGGAAUUCCAGAAGCUUUCAGGGGUGCGAUAACCGAUGAGGUUACUAAUGCCAGUGACUUCCUUACGGAAAUUCAGAAACGUUUUGCCAAAAACGAUAAGGCUGAAACGAGCACGCUUUUAGCAAACUUGAUUUCAAUGAAGUAUAAAGGCAAGGGUAAUGUUCGGGAGUACAUCAUGGAAAUGUCUCAUCUUGCUUCAAAACUUAAGGCUUUGAAACUUGAGUUAUCUGAUGAUUUACUCGUGCAUUUGGUUAUCAUCUCUCUUCCUGCACAAUUUAAUCAAUUCAAGGAAGAGAGAUUGAAGCAAGACAAGACUGAAAGUGCUCAUCUGGCUAGCACUUCCAAGGAUAAGGGCAAACGAAAGAAUAAGGAUAAUAAGGUUGCUACUUCUAAUGGCCUAGAACAAAAGAAAUAG